AUGUGGUCCUCAUACGUUUUUCAGCGAGUUGUUUGGAAUUUAUUGCAUCUCGCCUGCAUUAUCCUCAUCCGAACACAAAAUUUGGUAUUUGCGCAGAUCACGCUGGAAUUCACAUUAACCGAGGAAUGUCCGUUGCACACAUUUAUAGGAAAUUUAAACGGUGCUCCAUUGACCACAGUCAAUGUCCCCUCUUAUCCUUUGAGCACAUUCCAAUUGCUCACGCAAACCAAUCACUUCAUCCUAAACGAAACCUCAGGUGAUCUUUUCACUCGAAACAGAAUCGAUCGGGAACGGCUCUGUCCUCGACAAAUGCAAACAUCCACAUCAUUGGAUAGUACAGUUCGGAUGGACUUGGAAAAACUGAAUUUUGGUUCCCCCACACACCCAGAUUUAACUAACACUGGCACCGAUAAUGUGUGCAAAGUUCAACUUCAAGCCUUACAAUUUACACAAAAAACGGGAUCGAAUACUGAGCCAAUGACACAUCGCGUUAUUUUGAUCAAGGUGAUCAUUCUGGAUGUGAAUGAUAAUCCGCCUGGAUGGCCAGAGAGCGUCAUUCACCUAUCGGUACCUGAACAUUCGCCGAUCGGAACCCGGCUGCCAUUGCCAGCGGCUUUCGAUCCAGACUGUGGACCAAUCAAUACGACUAUGAGCUAUGUGCUACGCGAUCUGGCUUCAGACGAUCGAGUUCAACACAGCCAACUAGGUCCGUUUAAUCAUGAGGCGUUUCAGUUGGAUACCGAAUUUUUGCCCAGUCCCAAUCAAGUUGAUGUUGGUCUUGGAAAUUUGCCAAACUUGUGGCUCAUCAGUGGCUGCAGCAGACGUAUGUUUCGUUUGUGGCUUCGAGUUGUACGCGACCUGGAUUACGAUAAUCCGGAAUCUGUAAAUAGUGUUGGACAACAACAGCAGCAGCAGCAAACACAACAGCACCAAGCCCUAUCCGGCUUAUUUGGAACGAAUCGGUUGCAUUUAAGAAAUGCACGACUACAACUCGUUGCCGCUGACGGUGGUCAACCGACCCCGUUGACUGGACAUGUUAUGAUAAACAUUACCGUGACCGACAUAAAUGACCAUCCACCCAUUUUUCAAUUGGGCAGUGCAAAUCAACCUCCAAAAGAAUUAGGUGCAACGGGAAUCGGGGAUGUAGCCAGGCAGGAACAGAUGGAGAUAGAGGAAAACACCCCUGUGGGUAGAGUGGUUUAUGUGGCCCGUGCAACGGAUGUAGACGACAUAGAUAAUGGUCAUUUGCUUUACCAACUAGAUACAUCCGCAAGUUUGUCAAUAAAAAAAAUGUUUGAAGUAAAUGCCAAAACCGGUGAAAUUGUACUUCUACAGUCCCCAGAUUUUGAAAGACAACGAAUAUACAAUGUUCCCUUAACUGUAUCCGACGGAAAACACGUGACCUCUUUGAACUUAUUUGUAAGAAUCCGCAAUCAGAAUGAUCAUCCCCCAGUAAUCACCAUCCGACCGGUUGGUCAGCCAAAAGAUGAACAUGGAUCAAAAUUAGGCACCAGUUCAUCGCAUCCGACUAGUUCACUGUUUCCUCACGCGAAAUCAGUAGCACUUUAUGUAGUAGAACAUGACGCACCUGGACGAUUUAUUGCAACGGUUACUGUGACAGAUGUGGAUGAUAUAACGGGAAUCGAAGAAGGCCCAGGUUACUCCGGUGAAGGUGGAUCUAACCUAGACUACCUUAUGCCGGGGUUAGCUGGUACAUCGGACACCAUGAACCUCGGAGCCCAUUGCAAACUAAGUCACGCUGGACUUGCUUUACGACCCCUGUUUGAAGGAUCUACGAAUCAGUUUAAAUUAGUCACUCAAACUUCAUUUGACCGGGAACAACAAACGGAACAGUUUGCAACACUCACGUGCUUCGAUCGUGGACAUCCCCCGUUAUCUACUCAACUUGGAAUACAUUUGAUUAUUGAAGAUAUUAACGACCACGGACCCAUAUUCAAACACACUCCCAUGAUUGCACAUCUGAAGGAGAACGAACCGAUUGGGACAAAGGUGUACACGGUGGAAGCCCAUGAUCCAGAUGUGGGUGAGAAUGCGCAACUCGGGUUUGCUUUAGACGAUCUGAACUCGAACGAUUUCACCAUAGACUCCCGUACUGGGGUCAUUUCCAGCUUGCGUUCGUUCGAUCGGGAACAACGAGAAUACUUCAAUCUUACAGUGAUUGUGCGUGAUCAGGUGUCCAGAUCAAGCAGUGCAGACGGUCUGGAGUCCAUUGCGAAUCUGCGGCGAACUGGCAAAUCAGAAACAAAGGAAACCGCGGAACACAAAGUCACUGGUUAUGUGAUUGUAUAUAUAAAGGAUGUGAAUGAUUGUCCACCUAUAUUUCCCAAUUCUUUGUAUCAACUUUCGGUCUCUGAAGAUGCUAAGAUUAAUCUGCUCAUUGGACAAAUCAAUGCUUCUGAUGCGGAUGCUACUGAAGCUAAUAAUCAAGUGAGUUGA